GGACGCAGCAGAUCCCUUUCCAGUUUCCAUAAAUGGCGCUGUGCAGCUGAAUGAUGUGAAAUCCGCUUCAGUACAACGCUCCGUAAAAAAGCGCUGAUUCUGUUUGUUUGAUCUCUCACUUUGCCUUGACUCCAACAAGCACCGCACUCAUCCGGAAACAAAGAAUCGAGUUGCGGAUCUAAGUAUGGGGAGAGGCAAGAUUGUAAUUAGGAGGAUCGAUAAUUCAACGAGCAGACAGGUGACUUUCUCAAAGCGUAGGAGCGGAUUGUUGAAGAAGGCGAAAGAACUAGCGAUUCUUUGCGAUGCGGACGUCGGAGUUAUCAUCUUCUCCAGUACCAGCAAGCUCUAUGAAUACUCCAGCACCAGCAUGAAAGCACUAAUAGAACGAUAUAACAAAACAAAAGAGGAGAACCAUCAGCUUGGGAUCUCGACUUCUGAAGUCAAGUACUGGCAAAGGGAAGCAGCAACCUUACGGCAGCAACUGCAGAGCUUACAUGAAAAUCACCGGCAGAUGAUGGGUGAAGAGCUGACUGGUCUGAGCGUCAAAGACCUACAGAAUCUAGAAAAUCAAUUGGAGAUAAGUCUACGUGGUGUCCGUAUGAAAAAGGACCAAAUCUUAGUGGAUGAGAUACAAGAGCUAAACAGAAAGGGAAACCUAAUUCACCAAGACAAUAUGGAACUCUAUAAGAAGGUAAACUUAAUUCAUCAAGAAAACCAGGAAUUACACAAGAAGGUCUAUGGAACAAAGGACGCCAAUGGAGCCCACAUAAGCAGUCUUACAAAUGGACUUAGUGUUGGAGAGGAUGCAGGCAUACCUAUUAACCUUCAACUCAGCCAGCCACAACAACAAGACAAUGAGACACCAGAAAGAGCUACAAAACUGGGCAGACUACAACUACGCUAGCAAAAAGAGACCUUACACCAAGACCAACCAGGAAGAUAUUUCUUAUUUUGCAUCAAGAAACGGUGUAAGGUUGCAAAUUAUCUUUCAAUCAACAUUAGAGAGACGUCUAUUCCAUACCAAAAGAAACCAGCUCUGUCUAGUUUGUGGUGAUUAAAACAAGGGUAUUUAUGUGAAGAGUAGGCUAUGCAAAACAAAGAUAAUAAUAAUAAUUGAAAUCGCAUCAGCAUGCACACUUCAUUUUCUAGAAA